GCGCUCCGGUCCCCCGGCUAUCGCCGGGACACACGAUUCGGGCGCGGCUUUCCCGGUCCACGGCAGCGGUCUCUACACCCGCGGCGCCAGCAGCAUCUACGCUGGCAGAGCCGCCGAUGUGCGUCCAGUGACCAGGACAGCAAGACCCGCGCGCGGCGGGGGCGGCGGCAGACGCCCGGCCACCGUGACCCCGAUUUUGGAUUUACCGUUCGGGGGCUGGGGGGAGCCUGGAUUUAACUGGCGACUGUUUUGGGGGACGUCGGACGCCAUGUUGUGGAAAAUAACCGAUAAUGUCAAGUACGAAGAGGACUGCGAGGAUCGCCACGACGGGAGCAGCAAUGGGAACCCGCGAAUACCCCACCUCUCCUCUGCCGGACAGCACCUCUACAGUCCCGCGCCGCCCCUCUCCCACACUGGAGUCGCCGAAUACCAGCCGCCACCCUACUUUCCCCCUCCCUACCAGCAGCUGGCCUACUCGCAGUCGGCCGACCCCUACUCGCACCUGGGGGAAGCGUACGCCGCCGCCAUCAACCCCCUGCACCAGCCGGCGCCCACCGGCAGCCAGCAGCAGGCCUGGCCCGGCCGCCAGAGCCAGGAGGGAGCGGGGCUGCCCUCGCACCACGGGCGCCCGGCCGGCCUGCUGCCCCACCUCUCUGGGCUGGAGGCGGGUGCGGUGAGCGCCCGCAGGGAUGCCUACCGCCGCUCCGACCUGCUGCUGCCCCAUGCGCACGCCUUGGAUGCCGCGGGCCUGGCUGAAAACCUGGGGCUCCACGACAUGGCCCACCAGAUGGACGAGGUGCAGAACGUUGACGACCAGCACCUGCUGUUGCACGAUCAGUCAGUCAUUCGAAAAGGUCCCAUUUCCAUGACCAAGAACCCUCUGAACCUCCCCUGUCAGAAGGAGCUAGUGGGGGCCGUAAUGAACCCCACUGAGGUCUUCUGCUCAGUCCCUGGAAGAUUGUCUCUCCUCAGCUCUACUUCUAAAUACAAAGUGACAGUGGCUGAAGUGCAGAGGCGAUUGUCCCCGCCUGAAUGCUUAAAUGCCUCAUUACUGGGAGGUGUUCUCAGAAGAGCCAAAUCGAAAAAUGGGGGCCGGUCCUUGCGGGAGAAGUUGGACAAGAUUGGGUUGAAUCUUCCGGCCGGGAGACGGAAAGCCGCUCAUGUGACUCUCCUGACAUCCUUAGUAGAAGGGGAAGCUGUUCAUUUGGCUAGGGACUUUGCCUACGUCUGUGAAGCCGAAUUUCCUAGUAAACCAGUGGCAGAAUAUUUAACCAGGCCUCAUCUGGGAGGACGAAAUGAGAUGGCAACUAGGAAGAAUAUGCUACUGGCAGCCCAGUAAGUAUCUGAACUUGAAUUUAAUGAUGACUCAAUGCUCCAGACCUUGAGAUUCAGAGGAUUCCCCCUCCACAGUCCCGAUGGCUCAACAAAGAAAUAGUCUUGAAAUAAAUUGGGGCGUAGCAAAAGAAAAUGGCAAGGAAGCUUCUUUUACAAAGUCAAAUCCAUUAACUUUUUGUAUGAUUUAGAAGAGUGCAUGACUCAGCCAUGAGGACUUUGGAAUUGCUUAGUUCUUCAGCUCAAAAUAGUUGAGCUGCCCUUUCAUUAUUGUGUUUGCAUAUCUUUCAAAAUGUGUUGAAAACCCGAUUUGUUUUGUCACUUGUCACAUCCCGUAAAGAGAGAUUGUGUGCCUUCUACCUCCUGAUAGCAAGACUUUUGUUUUUAAAAUGUAAAGAUUAGGGUGAAUUUGUAGAUGUGAGCAAAUUAACUGUCUCAAAAAGGACUUAAUGCAGCUGUGGAUUUUCUCAUAGAAACCAACAGUAAGUUGAUUUUAAAAUCGUGGUAAAUGGAGCAGAACUAGUCAAGCCAGGAAAUGGGGUAGAAGAGAGCGCAAUGGACCAGGCUGUGUCAAGAGGGAGAGUUUCAGGGGGUUGCUUCAUUCUCUGGGUUCCUCAAGGAAUUU